AUGUCCAAUAGCGCAACAAGCCAGUAUCGUGUUGGAGUGGACGUAGGAGGUACCAAUACCGAUGCGGUAAUUCUUGAUAUCACUCCCGGCUCUCAGCGUCCAGUAUUGGCAACUCAUAAAGCUCCCACUACACCUGAUAUCACUUCAGGAAUUCAAAAUGCUAUCAAAGAAACCCUGUCAAAAGCUGAGAUCGACAAACACAGCAUCCAAGCGAUAUCUAUCGGUACCACUUCUUUUGUCAACAGUCUCAUAGAGCGAGAUGCAUCAAAGCUACAACGGGUAGCAGUCAUUCGUCUUGCAGGACCAUUCAGUAGACUCGCUCCUCCUUUUGUAUCAUUCCCCUACGAGCUGCGUCACGUUCUUGAAGGUCCCUGCUUCUUUGCUGAGGGUGGUUUACAGGUAGACGGAUCCGAAAUUUCAUCGGUCGAUCCUCUUGAGAUAAGAGGGAUAUGUGAGGAGAUCAAAAAGCAAGGCAUCAAGGCAGUCGCUGUAUCAGCUUGCUACUCCCCAAUUGACCGCACUAUCAAACAAGAAGAAUUAGUGAGAGAGAUCAUCAAUGCUGAGCUGCCGGGCGUAAAGGUUUCCAUCAGUAAAGAAGUUGCAAAUAUCGGCUUGCUCCAAAGAGAAAAUGCUACUAUACUCAACGCUGCCCUCCUGGACUUUGCGCAAACUACAGUUGCUGGCUUCGAAGAGUCAACUCGUGCCCUUGAAAUCUCAUGCCCUCUGUUCUUAACAUCGAACGAUGGUACCCUGAUGACCUGUGAGAUGGCAACCAAAUUCCCUAUCAAGACUUUUUCAAGCGGACCAACCAAUUCCAUGCGUGGAGCCAACUUUUUAGCUAAUCUGGGAGACGAGGAUAGGAAGAAGGAGACCGCGUUGGUGAUGGAUGUCGGAGGUACUACAACUGAAAUUGGUGUAUUGCUCCCUACUGGAUUCCCUCGUCAGGCUUCCGCUUACCAUGAGCUUUGUGGUGUCCCUCUCAAUUUCUCCAUGCCCCAUGUAUACUCAAUUGGUUUGGGAGGUGGAUCUAAGGUCAGAAAAGACAGUGAUGGAAGAGCAACUGUCGGUCCAGAUUCUGUUGGCUAUAAGAUCCUUGACCUUGGUCUUGCAUUUGGAGGAGAUGUUUUCACUGCUACCGAUGUCGUCGUCGCUGCAGGUCGAACAAAAUCAAUUGGUGAUCCUGAACUUGUGAAGAAUAUCCCCAGCGAAGAUGUGUCAGCUGCUCAAGAAAGGAUCCAGCAAAUGCUGGAAGCCGCCGUUGAUUCUAUGAAGACCUCUGCUCAAGAUGUUCCGGUAUACCUUGUCGGUGGUGGUGCCAUUUUGGUACCAGAUCAGCUCAAGGGUGUCAGCAAGGUCCACCGAUUCCCAUUCUACGACGCAGCCAAUGCCGUCGGUGCUGCGUGUGCUCAGAUCUCUGGAGUCAUUGACACGUUUGAAGACACUUCAAAGCUUUCUGUAGAAGAAGUACAAAAGAUCGUAGAAGCAAGAGCUAUCGAUAAAGCUGUCGCUGCAGGAGCGAGCAGAGAAACAACGACAAUUGUAGAAAGCGAGGCUAUUCCUAUUGCAUGUCGUUGUAGAUUCUACGUCAAAGCAGCUGGUGAAUGGACUGGAACAGCUACUUCUGAACAAAACGAGUCGACCUCGGUACAGGAGACAAGCAGAACUUGGGAUGUCAAAUCAGCUGCUAAACCAGUUUCAGCCGCAAACGCGGGCAGGCAGAUCCCAAACAAAGACAUCACAAUUACAGCACAAGAUAUUCUGGACUACAAGCCAAAAGUCGAAAAUGGAGAAUGGACUCUCUCAGAAUACGAUAUCGAGUGGAUAUCUACAGGGUGUUACAUCUUAGGUACAGGUGGUGGAGGAAACCCCCACGGUGUAUACCUCGCCUUGCGAGAGAUGUUCCGUGCUGGAGCUACUGCCAAGGUGAUUGAUAUCAAAUCCCUUGAUCCAAACAAGGUAGUCAUGUAUGGUGGAGGGAUUGGAAGUCCAGAAGUAGCAGCUGAGAAGCUCAUGUCAGCAGGUGGAGGAAGAGCGGUAAAUUCAUUGCUCAGGUAUAUGGGUCAAGACAACUUAGGUGCUUUGGCAGCAAUCGAGAUUGGUGGAGGAAAUGGUAUGGUUGGAAUGGUUGUUGGAGCAACUACAGAUUUGAAUGUACCUGUCAUCGAUGGUGACUUUAUGGGUCGAGCAUAUCCCACCGGCUGGCAGACUACUGUCAAUGUGUACGCCAAAGACAAUCAAGGCAAAAUGAGUCUUCCGUGCAUUCUAAGUAGUGGUGACGGCACCGAAUUGAUUUUGACAAAAGCUAAACACUACAAAGAGAUCGACAAUGUUCUUCGAGCGGCAUGUAUGGAAAUGGGAACCAGUGCUCAAGUAGUAGCUCGUCCAUUGACCAAAACCGAAUGCGAACAAGCUCUGAUCAGGAAUACUGUCUCUCAAUCAUGGCGUGUUGGACGAGCUGUUGCUUUGGCAAAUAAACAAGCUGACGUCGACAACAUCGGAUCGAUCUUGGUAGACGCGUUGGGAGGACCUAAAGCCGCUCGAGUACUAUUCGAGGGAAAGAUCGUGCAAGUAGGAAGAAGGAUCCACAAGGGGUUCAGUUACGGAGAAAUUGAGAUCCAUGCUUUGGCCGUUCCUUUCAAAAACGAGAACUUACUCGCUGAGCAUACCGUGGACGGUAAAACCGAGAUCAUUUGUGGUGUUCCCGAUUUGAUCUCAGUCCUGGAUGCUCAAAAUGGGACUGCACUUGGUACACCAGAGUACAAGUAUGGUCUCCGAGUGAUCGUCAUUGGUAUCACAGCUGCACCACAGUGGACCGAUACUCCUCGUGGUCUGGAAUUGGGCGCUUUGCCUGCUUUCGGCUACGACAUCCCUUACUCUCCUCUGGGCACAUAUGUCAAACCACUAAGUGUUAUCGAAGAAUAUUCUACGUGA